AUGUCUGUUGCAUUAGCUACUCCAAUCAAAGACUUUAUCGAAUUGAAAUGGUCUGAUACUGCUAUUUCCAAAUAUCAUAACAUUUGGCUUAGAGAUAAUUGUCAUUGUGAAAAGUGUCAUUAUUCAUUAACCAAACAACGAUUAUUGAAUUCAGCUACUAUUAACCCUGAUAUCAAACCCAAAUCAAUUGAUCUUAAACAAGAUGGAUUGAAUAUUAUUUGGGAUCAAGAAGAUCAUGAAUCAAAGUAUGAUUUUAACUGGCUCAGAUUACAUUCUUAUCAACCACGUUUAAUCCCUAUUGAUGAAAAAUUAAAAGAUGGUAAGAAAUUAUUGAAACGUGAAUUCUGGCAAGUUAAAGAGAUUGAAAAGAACUUACCUACAGUUGAUUACAAUAAAAUUAUGGAAUCGACCGACAAUAAUAAUGAGAAUGCUAUUAAAGAUUGGGUAUUAAAAAUUUGGAAACAUGGAUUUUGUUUAAUUGAUAAUGUCCCUGUCACUCCUGAAGAUACUGAGAAAUUAUGUGAAAAAUUGAAUUAUAUUAGACCUACUCAUUAUGGAGGAUUUUGGGAUUUUACUUCUGAUUUAGCUAAAGCCGAUACUGCUUAUACUAAUUUUGAUAUUAGUAGUCAUACUGAUGGGACUUAUUGGUCAGAUACUCCCGGAUUACAAUUAUUCCAUUUAUUAUAUCAUGAUGGUACUGGUGGUACCACUUCAUUAGUUGAUGCAUUCAAAUGUGCUGAAAUAUUGAAACAAAAAUACCCGGAAAGUUAUGAAAUUUUUUGCCGUAUCCCUGUACCAGCUCAUUCAGCAGGUGAAGAAAAAGUUUGUAUUCAACCCGAUGAAUAUAAUCCAAUUUUUAAAUUAGAUGAUCAAGGACAAUUAUUACAAGUAAGAUGGAAUCAAAGUGAUCGUUCAACAAUGGAUAAUUGGGAAAAUCCUGAAACUGAUAUUCCCAGAUUUUAUCAAGCUAUACGUAAUUGGGUAGAAAUUAUUACUUCACCAGAAAAUGAAAUGUGGUAUCAAAUGAAACCUGGUCAAUGUUUAAUAUUUGAUAAUUGGAGAGUUUUCCAUCUGAGAAGUGAAUUCACGGGGAAAAGAAGAUUAUGUGGAGCUUAUUUUGAAAGAGAUGAUUUCGUUAGUAGAUUGAAAUUACUCGUAUUAGGUAGACAAGCAGUUUUAGAUGCCAUUUAA